AAUUUUUACCGCACAAACACUCGACAGUUUCAUCUUCACCUUGACUCAAAACACAACCGGUACUUAGACCUCGAGAGGAGAAUUAUAAAACCUCAAAAGUGAUUCGAGUGUCCGACUAAACUGAAUUCACCGCACAUUUCGCUCGUAGAAUUAACGGUGUGUCGUAGAACGUUGAACGCGGUGUUCUUGAAGAUAAAUUUUUCUGUCCACCCAACGGAUAUCGUAUCCGAUAAUCAUCUGACGUGCGAAGCAUCAUCGAGGCGUUUGUCUUCCCCGAGUUGAAAUCGAGUCCUUUGUCACGAUGUUAAUUUUUAAGGUAAUGGUGUGUUUCCUGGCGUUAUUCCGAAGCGAAGACUACGUUGGCGGUUUGCCCGCAAUUCAGGACUCUACGGACAACCGUCGCGGAGAGCUAGCCACGGUACAGGUGAUCGUACACCCUGCACCUUCUAAUCAGGGAGUCACUAAUGAACCCAACAGCGGAAAUCGUAGCGCCGAGAUACUCGAUUAUGCAGAACACCGCGAGGAAGAGCUGCCUCAACCGCUUGAAAAAACUUCAACGCCGUGCGUCGAAACCGCCCAAGUUAAUCGGGACGGCGAUCAACACCUUGACGGUAAUUCGACGUCGGAGACAACAUUGGAAAAAAUAUCGACACCGAAAAAUGAAACGUCAUCUUCGAGGGAGGAUCCAAAGUCCGAAGAGCGUGAGAACGCCGAUAUGGAGGUGAAAAAGAUCGCGGCCUCAAUGUCCUUGGAAUCGAUUGUGAAUAAACUGAGAAAGCGGGACUUGACUUUGAACGGGGAAAAUAAUAGUCCACCGCCGGAAAUCGAGACCGCGGAAGACCAGACACCGGUGAAACGUGAAAGGAAGAGUUCGAUCGCCUCGGUCUACGCGCAUCAACAAUCUACCAACAUGAGACCGACCCGGGCGCAACAUUUGGUGGCGAAGAGACGCAGCCGUGGCGAAGGGGCGAUCGGGAGGAUCCUCGGGGCGGAUGGGAACGAUAAAAACUUUGGAAAAAAUUCACCGUCGGCCGCGGCAAGAAGCGCUCGGACUCGCCAGCAGUUCAAAAACCGGCGGCAGUACGAUACCAGGGAUUCCAAGUCGCGGUCGUCCGCCUCGAAUCGACGGAAAACAGGUGGUAACCAGGUUGCACAGUUUUCCCCGUUGAAUCCUUCGCAGAUAAACGCCGCCGCUUCUCUGGCUUACGGAAACUCGGGGCAAGAACCGCGGGCCCUGCACGUCGACUUAUCGCGUGCCCUGUACCAAUUCGGCCCGUCCGAAUUGCACGCGUUGACCGGAGUAUUCGACAAGGUUCCACCGGCAACGAAAAACUUCAAACCCAUAGCGCCGGAACAGGUCGCGUACGCGCCCCCCAGGAUCGUGUACGAGACGAAAAUCGAGCCCACGCCCUUCGUAACCGAACAAAAAACGGUCGACGCGCUAUCGGCAUUGCUGGGACAGACGCCGGCCGAACAACUCCAAGGUUUGAAUCUGAUCCUGGGCAACGAACACGUCAGAGAUCCAUCACCAACACCGUCGGUAGCUCCGGAAAUUUCUCGACAGGACAUUCGAGAUUCUGUGGCUCUGAGCCAGGCUUUCGUCACGCCGAUUCCGCCGGUGGAUAUCAACCAUGGAAUCGUUGACGGAUCGUUUGAAUUCCCCGAUCAGGGACAGGGUUUCGCGCCUCCUGGAAUCAACGCGAAUCCCUUCGACCACAAGAAUUUGGAAAUAUUGAUAAACGCGGGGGACGGCGGAGACAAAGGACUCGGGGAGGGCGAUUCGGCGACCAUACCGAUCGUCGAGGAAAGUCAGGAGGGAACGCAGCAAAAUGGCGGCACCGAUCAGGGACCGACGGUCGAGAAUCGGCCACCGAUCGUUUGGGGCGGUGCAGCGCGGAACGUCCAAUUGACGCAAGUUACGAACGCUGACAACGAGAAUCGGGGACCGUACAACCAUAAAAACGAAGAAGCUCGUAAUCAUGGCGAGGGUUACGCUGCCAAAUAUAACUUCGGGUAUCACGUGAGGGAUUACGGGAGUGGAAAUGACUUCGGCCACGAAGAGGCCCGCGACGGAGUCGUGACGAACGGAAGGUACCACGUACUCUUGCCAGACGGAAGAGUUCAGAACGUCAAAUAUCACGUGGACGAGGGAGGAUACCACGCCAAGGUUUCGUAUCAACUGAGCACACCCCAUUGAGAGUGCGGAGCCCGCUGCGCAAAGAUCAUGUGGCAAGAUAGACGAGUUUGUCAAUUUCAACAUGCCGGGCGUAUCGGGGGACGAUUGCGGUUACGUAUCAUACAUAUAUCGGGGCAAUCUUCCGUCGCCUAUAAUUAUAUUUACGUAGAGACGAGACGAUAAUGGGGCAAUUAAGUAUUGUGAUAAUUGCUGUUUCAGUUCGCAAGUCUGAUAGUUUGCUGCAUUGGUACGAAAUUGAGAAACGCUAGGUUUUCAAACAAUGCAACCGAGUGCAACAAUUAUCCAGUAUAAUAAUUGAAGCUCAACUUUGUUCGUUAAUUAUUAUUAGUUAAGUAGGUUUCCCAGUUUGUCUAAGCUGGCUCGAAGUUAUUCAAUUUGUAAACUGUGAACCGGUAUUCAAAAGUUUUAAUUGCACGGCGUAUAAUUCGUGAGGCUGAUCUUACGAGCUAUAUACCUUAUAGGGUAUAUAGUUAUAUAUAUGUAUAUGUAUACGUACGUACGCCCCUCAGCACCAUAACAGGGGAAUGAAAAUGAAUUCUCUCGGCCGCUCGGUCUCCCAACAUUUUAAGAUCCUUCAUUUUCUUCAACAAACAACCUCCGACUUUUCCACCUCACUUUUAUUUCCCUCCCAUUCUUUUUCCCUCGGUAAACUCACCUCUCUCCAAAGUAGAACUGUCGAGCCGCGGCAUAGGUGAACUUAUUUAUGAAAAUGCUACAGUACCUUGAUAUGAAUACAUACAAAUACUUUUGUACCUUUAUUUAUAAUAUCGUACCUUAACAAUAUAUUUUCUAAUUACUCCAA